ACAAAUACAUAAAGAAAAGGAACUGUCAGUAAUUUUCGCUCACUGGCCAUGCUUCCAUCAUUAUAAAGUGAUAAUACAACAUGCAAAUCAACUACUUGGUAAAAAAACUGAUUCAAUAUGGAAGUCGUCUGUAAAAAAAUUAGCCCAUUACUCGUUGGUCCAACAAUGAAGAAAUUCAUAGAGAAGUCCAGGCCAUGAAAAAAAAAAUCAUCAGCCUAUGAACAAAGUAAUUAUGUCCGUGAAACUUACAAACUAGCUAAACAGUAUAGUGAUAAGCUCAAAAAUGAUAACCCAUUACAUGACGUGAUUUUUGCAUUUAUUGCAAAAUUCAGGCAAGAAGACUUGAAGUUUCUUUACGUUUUAAUCGAUGAAGAAAUUACUGACGACGAAUUGCUUGAGCAUGUGUCUGUUGUGAACCCAGUAUUGAUGAUUAGAGGAAAAAAUCUCCAUGAUUCUGAAAAUAUAUAUCACGUAGUGAUUAAUAAAGUAAUUGCGAUGCAUGUUCAAUCAUUUACUGUCGGUUUGUUGACAACUUUUCUCUGCUACUAUGUUUUUGGGAUUGUUUAUCCCAAGGAAAUCGAAGGAACGCUUGAAGCAAUUCAGCGGCAAAGAAUGUCAUCAAAUUUGGAAAGAAUCCAUUAGUACGUUUGCGAAACCGAUAAAUUGUUGGUCAAAAAAUACAGAAAUUUUUCGCGAAAUGAAAGCUAAAAAAAAUAGAAAGAAAAGUUCCAACCCAGAUGAAAACGGAAAAUACGUCCGUGGAAUUUUGAAAAGCGCAAAAGCUCAUUAUGAUGUAGUCAAAAAUGAUGAACCAUAUCAAAAUAUUAUAUUUGGAUUCAUUAUUAGAUUCAUGAAAGAAGAUGAAAACUAUCUUUACGUUUUCAUUGAUGAAGAUAUAGAUGACGAUCAAUUGGUUAAUUAUGUGCCUGUGGCUAACCCAGUGUUGAUUAUAAGAGGACCAAAUUUGUAUAGUUCUGGAAAUACUUAUAAAGUAGUAAUUGAGAAAAAAUUAUAAUUCCCCUUGAAUCAUUCCUCCAUGGACUAUUAACAACUUUUCUCAGUUAUUACGUCUUUGGCUUUGUGUAUCCGAAGGAAAUUGAAGGGACGUUAGAA